AUGGCCCAUCAUCAAUUCGCGCCGAGUCGCCGCCUCUGCCACCAAACCCGUGACGCUGGUUCAGCCUGCAUCGCCAUCGUCAUCGGCCCUUCUGAACCCGCUCUGUUGUGCACUGUACUCUGGGCCACCUUGUUCCGUCCGCUGCAGCACGAUCAACACGAGCUGGUUGGCAUUGCCCUACGGGUGCAGCGUCUUUCCCGAGUCCUGACUUGGGUUUGCGUGCCUGUUCUGGUGCCACUGUUUCCUGCCAUCCGCCGCCUGCGCAGUAUUAGUCCGAAUGAAACCCUCUGUCUGCCAGAAAUCAAGAUGCAUACGACAGAAGAGUUGCUAUUUUUUGCACCACGAGAAAAACGGGCCGCCUUACGCGUCGUCACUCCUGACCGGACGACCCAGUUUGCACCGUCGCCUCCACCAAAGUGGCCAAUUAGCUGCGCACUUGGCUACGCUCUCUCCUUUGCCGACUGGUCCCAGAUCCCACAAACAGCUGCUGUCUUCCAAGCUUGGUUACGCAUUUGCCGCGAUCCGAAAACAAAAUACUUGCUUACCGCGCUUCUUCCAGAAGGUUGCCGCCCUGGGGAGGCUCAGCAGAUCUUCAGCAAUCGCCCUUAUUGCUCCUACGUAUUCGUACAACCGGCUACAGUCCCUUUCAGCGUCCUCAACGGUCAUAGAACCACCUGGAGGCUGGAGCACUAA